CCUACAUUUUCAAAUGUUUGAAAAAAGGUGAGCGUAGUAGCGACAGCAGUAGCAGUUUAAACGCUUCCCAUAAUGCACUCCCCGUUCAUCAGCGGGAAACCAAAAUGGCGAACGUGUUGGGGGAAAAUGAACCGUUUGUUAUCUUCUGAAGAAAGCACGAUUCCCGCAAGUUUCCGCGACAUACUUUUGAGAUAAACUCAAACACAGAAGAAGCGGGAUAACCUUUGUCCUUACUAUUUUUGUUAUUUUAUUUUCCCAGUGAUUUGUAGAAGCGGAGGUGACCGAAUGAGAGACUCAGGGGUUGUGGAUCACCUGUCUGUCCAUCACAGAGCCCUCCCCCAGCGGCAGCAGCAGGCCGUGCCCUUGUCUCCCAGCAGCCUCUCUGCUCAGGGGGAGUAUGGAGAGGACGACAUGUCGGACAGGUUCACAGAGGGGCAGGACGUCUUGGCCCGGUGGUCAGACGGCUUGUUCUACUUGGGGACAAUCACCAAGAUAAAUCGGGAGAAGCAGAGGUGCUUUGUGGUUUUCGAGGAUCGUUCAAAGUCUUGGGUUCUGUGGAAGGAUAUUCAGACAGGGGAUGAAGAUGAUGCAGAUGAUGAGGACGACGACAUUGUGUGCUCUAUAUGCCAGGAUGAAACUUCCGAUGAACCCAAUGAAAUUGUCAUUUGUGACAAGUGUGGCCAAGGCUACCAUCAGCUGUGCCACUCUCCCAUCAUCGAUGCCUCUGUCAUCGACUCUGAUGACAAGUGGCUCUGUUCAGAGUGUGAGCUCACUUCUUUACCUAAGGGGGGGGGUGCACACAUGAGGGCUGGGUCUGCUAAAGGCGUUCAGCAGCAGCAGCAGCACAUGGGGCUGCACCUGACUCUCCCAUACGCUCUGGAAGAACUGGUCUGGGAUCAGGGCCACACGACUAACAUCCAGCACUGCUACUGCUACUGCGGAGGGCCAGGAGACUGGUACCUGAAGAUGCUGCAGUGUAACGGCUGUCAGCAGUGGUUCCAUGAGGCCUGUCUCCAUUGCUUACAGAUUCCCAUGCUCUAUGGAGACAGGUUUUAUCUGUUAAUUUGUUCCGUUUGCAACGGUGGCCCAGAGUACAUCAGCCGACUGCCGCUCGGAUGGGAGGAUGUGACACACCUGAGCCUGUACAACCUGAGCGUGAUCCACAAGAAGAAGUACUUUGACUCUGAGAUGCACCUGAUGAGUUACAUCAAUGAAAACUGGGAGCUGCUGCAGCUGGGGGAGCUCGCCAACACUCCCAGGUCGGCGCGUUAUGAAAGGGUUCUGGAGGCGCUAAACAACAACAACAGCCUGUUCAUGUCGGGGAAGGAGGUAAAGAAAAAGAAGCACUUGUUCGGGCUGAGGAUCCGUUUCCCUCCCGCUCCCCCCAACUCUGAUGAGCCAACCAGCAGAGGGAUGGAGAGGGCUUCACACGAGAGCUCCACAAAGGCCCUACCUGGCAUGAGACCUUGCGCUAGUUUUACCAAUGGGACAGAGAAGAAGAAAAAGAGGAAGAGAAAGCAAGGACCACAACGCAGUGAGCUCUUCUCCCAAGAAGUGAGAAAGCCUCUCCCACUAGAACCCCACCCAAUGGGUCACUUGACCUCUAUCAAGAGUGAGAGGUCUCUGCUGUCUUCAAGUACCUCAGAUAUGGAGUCCAUAGAAGCCCUGAGCACCACAGAAACUACCUCAACUAGCAUUUCAAGACAGUCCAGCCUCUGUAGCUCCAGCAAGCCGCGGCCCACAGCCUGUGCUAUGCCCGUUUCUGCUCCACCCUUAAAGAGGAAACGCGGGCGGCCCCGACGGGCCCUGCAGCCCCCCAACCCAGAGACCCCCCCUCCUAGCCACGCAGAGCUAGACCCUGCAGCCACGGAGAUGCCGAGCCCGCUGCCGGGGCUUCACUCCACUGACAUAGUGCACGGCAUGGACCAGCUGACCCACCUGAAGAGCUCCAUCAGCAGCUACUUCGGAGCCGCGGGGCGGCUGGCUGUUGGGGAGAAAUACAAAGUCCUGGCACGCCGGGUCACCCUGGAUGGAAAGGUGCAGUACCUGGUGGAGUGGGAAGGAGUCACCGCCUCCUAGACUUCAGCAUCUCUCCUCUGACCAGUGCCUGCAGGAGGGGUCAGCUGUGCUAAGGACAUGUGCACACAGCCUGUAUUCAGAGCAUUAACUGAUCAAUGCCUUUGUUUAGUUUAGACGGGAGCAAGUUGAGCUAACUGCCUACUGGUUCAGUGCACAUUUCAACAUGUGUUUAAAGGUUACAAUUCUAGGAUCGAGUCAGGGUACUGUCAUUACAUCACAUUUGAAAGUUUACAGCGUCCCCCAUUUAUUCAGUCCAAAAAUAAUAGAUCAGUGCACCUUGCAGGCUUUCAGUGAAUCGUUAUUGUACUUAAUUUCAAAUCCAGUUAUAUGCUCUCCAUUUCCAUACCAGUUCAGUAUCAACUAUGUUUUUUUAAUCUUGGAGGAAGAGGGGGCACUUUUCACACAUUUUACUACUGCAAACAAGAAAUGAAUAAUUAUAUUUGAUGGUUAACAUUUUUUUUUUUACCAUUUGGGUAAAUAAAAAGUAAACGUGUUCCCUUACAACAGCAUCCCCUCCUGUGGUCGCGGCUACGAGUAGCGACUUGUUUCUUUGGGCCUUCAGUUGUGUUUUGGAAAGUGUUCUGGAGGAGCUCAAUACACAAGACAUGUGCUGCUGCAAACGUUUUAUUUUAUAUAGAAUUAUACUACAUUUUGUAUUACCUUUUUCCUCUUGUGUUUUCGCAUAUGCUUUUAUUUCCAUUCAGCAUUUUCCUCAUUUCAAAGUACAGAUUGCAUAUAGAAUUAUAGUCGGUUAUUUUGAGCUGCAAUGCCUCAUCAUUUCAUCCACGGUAAAGCUCUUGAAAUCCAUUUUUGAUGUUGGUUGAAUCUCCCAGUUAAAAUUUUAAAUAUAAGAUUCUGUGCAUAAAUGGUGGCCAAAACCCAGAGGGCUUUGAGUAAAUACUUUGUUAUAAGAUUUAUUUUUUUGAGAAGCUCCACUGCCUUAGUUUAACUGCGUAACCUUAAAACAUUUUGAUAUUGAUUCAAAUGAAUGUUGACUGAAAUAUUUAAGGACCUAUUUAGUUUUUCUCCUCCUUUUUAAUAAAUGGCUGCAUAUCAAGAAUGUUCCCCCAGCUCCAAAACCUAGAGUUCAGAAGUGGUUUGUUUUGUGCUGCCUAUGCAACUUAGUCCUGGAUAAACAUAGAACCAUACAAAGAGGUGCAUUAUUGUUCCGAUUACUCACUAAUUUAUACACUCAGGAUGUGCCCAAAAGCUAUACUGUAUUGCAAAAGCCUGCAUUUGCAGCGCAAUGGGGAAAUAUUCACUCGGUAUUGUUGAUCAGUGUUUUUACAUCAGCGCCUCCAUUUGUAACGAUACGUUGGACCGUAUGUAUGUAAUCUUUUUCUUUCUUAGCUUGUUUCUGCUUGUUUCUGCUUGUUUAAUCAGUCGCAAAACAAUCACUGGAAAACUAUGUCAUUUCAUGAAGUUCAUAUUCAGUUAAGCUGUCUCUAUUUUGAGAUAUUUGUUGUUAACAUGGACAGAGCUUUUUGACAUUUAUACCUCUUCUUUGUACGGAUGUAGUCGGUGCAUGUGGAGCUUCUCCUCUGUUCAGCCAGUGUCUCAGCCACAGACUGUUUAAAGAAACAGUCUCUGCUCUCAUGUUGCUACCACUGGCUUCCAGCAGGCUUCUUUAGCCAAAGAACAUUCAUGUUACGUCGGCUUUGUCUCUUGAGAUUCUUCUUAUUACAUUUUUAUACAUGAUUAUAUAGGUUGACAUGUUACUUCUGAACCUGUUUAGUUAAAGGUUGAAUAAAAGCCCAUAUUUUGAACUAC